GUUAUUUUUGGUAGGUUGAAAUAAACAACAAAAGACCAUCAUCAGAACAAGUGGUCGAAAAAAUACUUUUAAAACUCCCCAAAAAUAGUUCCUGCGAAAAAUCACCUAAAAAAGACAAAUUUGCAUUAAAAAACUCGCAUUUUCACCAAAAUUCGGUGACAUUCAAGAACCCAUCGAGGCAGUUAACUUACUUUUUUGUCAAUUUUUUUUCUUCUUUCGAAAAAAAGGACAUGGACGUACAAACGAUGUUAAAUACACCAUUAAUGCGUGUUAAGCUCGUUACAGUGGUGCAUGGAUUUCUACUUGUCAUGGCAAUGCAAGGUCAUUGGCUUCCUCAAGCAUACCUUUUCUACAACUUGAUAUUCGUCAUUUGUCUUUUGUGGUCCAUCCAUGCUCCGCUUUCCGUUGAAUCUACGCACUUUGCAGCUCUUAUCGAUCUCGCCAGUUUCUUCUUUGAUCUUAUUUGUAUCAUCGUGAAUAGCAAUUAUGGCAUUUUUUCGUUGAUUUUUGCCAUCAUAAAUCUCGCAGCGCGGCCCUUCUCGUUAAUCCUGCUGAACCGAGAGCUGAUCGAUCGCGGCGGAAGUUUACUCCCAAGCACAAAUCGUGUGAAUCAAACGUACGAAGACAUUGAUCGCAAUCCCCAAGUACCGCCAACGCAGGUGACAGUAACCAAUUUAUUUUAAAAACCGGAAAAAUCUUCAAUUUUCUUAUCUUAAUAGGACUUGCAUAUAUAAAAAACACACAAAAAACUAACAACCAAAGACAAUCUCCUCCUUUUCCUGUCCUCCUCCAUCCAUUUAAAGAUUAUUUACUAAAAAAUUUGGUUCAGGGACACUCACUCACUCCAAAUUCGAACAAAUAUACACUCACGUGCAAUAAAAAAAUACGAAUCUGCAUUUUAUUCGAAAUAUUUUUACGCUAUGUUAAGAAAAUGUGCCUUGAUGUUGUCUAUAGAUGUUAAAUGUUUUAAUAAAAAAAGUUAAUAAAUAAAAUAUAUAACCAGUGAAAGAAAACGCCCAAUUUUUUUA